AUGCCCCUCUGGCAAAUCUACCAUCCAGGCGGCACCUUUGAAGAUGCCGCGUCCAAACAAGCCCUAUCGCAAGACAUUACCAAGAUGUAUACGGGAAUCGGCCUUCCCGCGAUCUAUGUGGUGGCCCAAUUCAUCCAACAGUCUGAGAGUGAUGUCUGGGUUGGUGGAAAACAAAAGACAGACAAACCAUUCAUUCGUGUUGUCAUUACCCAAAUUGCUGUCCGCUUGCCUAAUGAUGACGCGGCGUACCAAAGAAACACAACCAAAAUCGACCAACUCUUGAAGCCUCAUGUUGCCGACAGAGGAUAUGAUUGGGAGUAUCAUGUAGUUGAGACUGAGAGAAGGCUUUGGAAGAUCAAUGGCAUGAUCCCUCCACCACGAAAUAGUGAGGCGGAACAUAAGUGGUUUACCGAGAACUGGCCAGUGUCGUAUGAGGGAGCCUAUGUCUAG